GGAAAGCACUACCGGAAGCAGUAUUUUUCGUCGUGCCAGUUUGACAUCGUUUCUGACUUGCUUGUGAUUCAUGUUUUGUUAGCUAAUCUGGCUAGCAGAUGUCGCCUUGAACCUAUUUUCAGAUGAAUAUAUGUGCAUGAAACGGUUCAAACGCCACUCCUAGUUAGAGGGGAGGAUGGCACAUCGACGUACCCCACCUCCGCUGUCCCAGAGGACAGAUUACCUGCAGCCUGAUAAUGAUUCCGACAUGGACUCUGGUGUUGGCGAUGAUGCAGGGGAGGAUGCUGACAGUUGCCAUGAAAGUACAGUAACAGAAGAGGAGAAAGUCAACAAGCAUGAUGGCUCAGAAGAAAACAGCGGGGAGGACAGAGAUUUUACAGUUUUUGUUGCCUUUCAAGGGGAUAUGGAGGAUGAGGACUUCACACAAAAACUUGACACUGUCCUCAGUGGGAUACCAAACAUGCUAGAUAUGGGCUCUGGUAGGCUAUGGCCACAGCAUGUGGAGCCUUGGAACAGUGUGCGGGUUACCUUCAACAUUCCUCGAGACGCUGCUGAGCGUCUCAGACUGUUGGCCCAAAACAACCAGCAGCAGCUGAGAGACCUGGGGAUUCUCUCUGUGCAGAUAGAAGGGGAAGGGGCCAUCAAUGUGGCUGUGGGACCAAAUAGAGGUCAAGAAGUCAGAGUGAAUGGACCAAUUGGAGCACCUGGCCAGAUGAGAAUGGAUGUCGGCUUUCCAGGUCAGCCUGGUCCAGGAGGAGUAAGGAUGGCUAAUCCGUCAAUGGUUGCCGCUGGGCCGGGUAUGGCAGGUCAGGCUAUGGUACCAGGCAGCAGUGGACAGAUGCAUCCUCGUGUUCCAAGACCAUCUUCACAGACAGAUUUGAUGGAUCCAAUGAUGCCAGGUAUGUCAGUUCAGCAGCAACAGCAACUUCAGCACCAACAGGCUGGUCCCCAUGGCUCAGGCCCAAUGCCUCCUCAGGCUGCCCAUCACAUGCAGGCUCUGCAAGCCGGGAGACCGCUGAACCCUGCUGCGCUUCAGCAGCUACAACAACAACAGCAUCACCAACAGCAACAGGUCCAGCAGCAAGCUCAGCUAUCCCAGCUAGGACCUAGACCUCCAUUCAACCCAUCAGGCCAGAUGGCUGUGCCACCUCCUGGCUGGAACCAGUUGCCCCCCGGGGUCCUCCAGUCACCAGCCGCCCAAGGAGGCCCUGCCUGGAGAAAGCCGCCACCCCAAGCCCAAAUGGUUCAACGCCCACCCUCCCUUGCUACAGUUCAAACUCCUAGCCACCCUCCGCCCCCUUACCCAUUUGGCAGCCAGCAGGCUGGGCAGGUAUUCAAUGCCAUGGGACAGGGACAGUUACAGCAACAACAGCAGACUGGAGUGGGUCAGUUUGCAGCUCCCCAACCUAAAGGCCCACAGGCCAGCCCUGGUGGUGUUGCAGGGCAGCCCAGACCCCCUCCACCCCUUCCACCAACUUCUGGACCACAGGGCAACCUCACUGCCAAGUCUCCUGGUUCCUCCUCGUCUCCUUUUCAGCAGGGUUCACCAGGGACUCCUCCCAUGAUGGCUCAGAGACCUACAACUCCACAGGGUUUCCCUCAGGGUGUUGGAUCACCAGGAAGAGCAGCCCUCGGCCAACAGGGUAACAUGCAACAAGGAUUCAUGGGAAUGCCCCAGCAUGGACAGCCUGGGGCCCAAGUUCACCCAGGCAUGUCGAAGCGUCCCAUGGGCUUUCCAAACCCAAACUUUGUCCAAGGUCAGGUGAAUGCCAGCACUCCAGGAACCCCUUGUGGAGGAACCAGUCAGCAGCUACAGAGCAACCAAGCGAUGACUCACCCAGGAGCCCAGCCAUCAGUCUCCACACCAAACUCAAUGCAGGGUGCACCCCAUGCCCAACCCAAUGUUAUGGGUGUACAAAGUAGCAUGGCAGGUCUGCCCCCCGGUACAACCACUGGACCUAUUAUGGGUCAGCAACAGCCUGGCCUCCAGACUCAGAUGAUGGGCCUCCAGCAUCAGGCCCAGCCCGUGUCCUCCUCCCCCAGCCAGAAGGUUCAAGGCCAGGGUGGAGGUCAAACUGUCCUCUCAAGGCCCCUCAGUCAAGGGCAGAGAGGAGGGAUGACCCCACCCAAGCAGAUGAUACCUCAGCAAGGCCAGGGGCCGAUGCAUGGGCAGGGUCAGAUGGUUGGAGGCCAAGGGCACCAGGCCAUGCUCCUACAACAGCAGCAGCAACAACAGCAGCAACAACAGCAGCAACAACAACAAAACUCCAUGAUGGAACAAAUGGUUGCCAACCAGAUGCAAGGAAACAAGCAAGCAUUUGGGGGCAAGAUUCCAACUGGGGUCAUGCCCGGCCAGAUGAUGCGUGGCCCUUCUCCAAACGUUCCAGGUAACAUGGCUCAGUUCCAGGGCCAGGUUGGCCCACAGCAGAUGACUCCACAACAGCAGCAGCAAAUGGCUCAACUCCAACAACAGCAGUUACAACAGCAGCAACAGCACCAGUUGCAACAGCUGCAGCAGCAACAGCAGCAGCAACAACAACACCAGCAGAUGAACCAGCAACAGCCCCAGCAGGUUCCUAUUGCUGGCAAUCCUAAUCAAGCUAUGGGCAUGCAUGGGCAACAGAUGAGGCUCCCUGCUGGUCAUCCUCUUAUCCAACAGCAGUUGCAGCAGCAGCAGUUACAGCAGCAGCAGAAACAGCAGCAACAGGCCAUGUUGCAGCAACAACAACAACAGGCAGCUCAGCAACACCCACAUCCUAUGGGAGAUCCUAAUAAUGGGACAAGUGACUUGGGGGUCCAACAGAUGGUCCCAGAUAUGCAGGCACAGCAACAGCAAGGCAUGAUGGGGGGCCCUCAGCACAUGCAGAUGGGAAAUGGUCACUUCACAGGUCAUGGCAUGAACUUUAACUCACAGUUCCCAGGUCAGAUGCCAAUGGGGGGACCCUGUGGACAGGCAGGAGCCUUUCCCAUCAGCAAGGAUGUAACACUGACUAGCCCACUGCUAGUCAACCUGUUGCAGAGUGAUAUAUCAGCCAGCCAGUUUGUGCCAGGAGGAAAACAGGGAGCAGGGGGUGGCAAUCAAGCCAAACCCAAAAAGAAGAAACCAGCACGAAAGAAGAAGCCCAAAGAGGGAGAGGGCCAACAGCAAGUUGAGGGACUUGGUGCUCUUGAUGUGGCUGCUGGCAUGGAGGAUUCUGAACUGCCAAAUCUGGCCGGUGAACAGAAUUUGGGCUUGGACAACUCUGGCCCGAAACUCCCUGAUUUUGCCAACAGGCCUGCGGGCUUUCCUGGCCAACCUGGAGACCAGAGAGUUUUGCAGCAGGUGCCCAUGCAGUUUAUGCAACAGCAACAACAACAACAACAACAGCAACAACAGCAGCAACAGCAGCAGCAGCAACAACAACAGCAGCAACAGCAGCAGCAGCAGCAACAACAACAACAACAAAUGCAGCACAUGCAACAGCAAAUACAGCAGCAGCAACAAAUGCAACAACAAAUGCAACAGCAGCAAAUACAGCAACAGCAGCAACAAUUACAACAACAACAACAGAUGCAGCAACAGCAGCAGAUGCAACAGAUGCAGCAGAUGCAAGGUCUCCAGAAUGCUCAAGGGCAGCAGGGAAUGACAGGGCCGCAGACUCCGGGUCAAGGCCAGCCCCAGAUGCACCCUCAUCAGCUGCAGCAACAACAACACCAGCCGCAAACUCAACAACCACACCUGCAACAACAGCAGCAACAGCAGAUGAUGAUGAUGCUGAAGAUGCAGCAGGAGCAGGCAAAGCAUCGCAUGUCCAUCCCUCCAGGAGGCCAGCUCCCUCCUAGGGGACUGGGAAAUCCACCUGAGGUGCAGAGGCUUCCUGUCUCUCAGCCAGGCAACAUGCCUGUAAUGAUCAGCCUUCAAGGACAUGGAGGGGUAGCACCAUCACCUGACAAAGCCAGAGUGAUGCCUCUGAUGGUGAACCCACAGCUUGCAGGUGCUACACGAAGAAUGUCCCAUCCUGAUGUGGGGCAAGUUCCCCAAAGUACUGGAUCUGAAGAGGCCUCUGCAGGGGCCCACCAAAAGCAAGACAGGUCUGGUGGUUCAGAAAUUGGGGUACACCCUGGAAAUGGGGCCCAACAGAUGAUGCCCAAUCAGGGCUCUAACACUCACAUGAUGAAGCAAGUCCCUGGUCCAUCACCGAUGCCCCAGCACACUGGAGCCAGUCCCCAGCAACAGUUACCCACUCAGCCUCAACAGGGAGGCCCCAUGCCUGGUCUUCAUUUCCCCAAUGUCCCCACAACCUCGCAGAGCUCCAGGCCCAAAACUCCUAACAGAGCCAGCCCCAGGCCAUACCACCAUCCCCUUACCCCAACUAAUCGUCCGCCCAGUACUGAGCCCUCUGAAAUCAACCUUUCACCUGAGAGGCUAAAUGCCUCUAUUGCUGGGCUGUUUCCUCCCAAAAUCAACAUUCCUCUGCCUCCCAGACAGCCUAACCUAAACAGGGGGUUUGACCAGCAAGGUCUUAACCCAACAACACUGAAAGCCAUAGGGCAGGCGCCUCCUAGCUUAACUCUACCAGGCAACAACAACAAUGGCAGUGCUGGUGGAAAUAACACUAACAACAAUCAGCAGCCUUUCUCUACUGGCACUGGAGCAGGAGGCCCAGGCGCUAAACAGGAAAAGCAGACUGGAGGGCAGGGUAAGAGGGCAAGUCCUAGCAAUAGUCGGAGGUCAAGUCCAGCCUCUAGCCGCAAGUCAGCCACCCCAAGUCCAGGGAGACAAAAGGGGACAAAGAUGGCCAUCCCCUGCCCUCCCCCGCAGCAACAGUUGGUCAGCCCUCAGGGGCAAACCAUGAUGCUAAGCCCUACCUCAGUAUCCCCAAGUCCAGUAUCUAUGCCUUCACAAGUAAGUGGGGCCAUGGAGGCACAGCAGACCCAGAGCCCCUUCCAUGGGAUGCAAGGUAACCCUGCCGAGGGAGUCAGGGACAGUCAGGGAAUGAUGACAGCAGAGCAGCGACAGAUGCAUCAGCCUCCGCCUCAGCCUUUGAGAGAGUUAUCAGCUCCCAGAAUGGCAAGUCCUCGUUUCCCCACGCCUCAGCAGCCUAAACCUGACUUGGAACUGCAGGGUGGCACAGUUGAUAGGCAGCCAGCACAAGUGGCACCUAUGCAGGACUCGGAGGUCUCACCUACUCUCAGGACAGCUCCAACUUCCCUUAAUCAGUUACUGGAUAACACGGGUAUCCCAAACAUGCCUCUUCGGCCCAUACAGAGUAAUACUGUUAGGGAGGUUAUGGGAAAAGACAGUCCCAAGUCUGCUUUGGAUCCAGAGAGACCACUCCACAGUAAUUCCCAGAGUACAGAUGUGUCAGCUUCUGUUGCUACUAGUGCCACUAUAAAUGAAUCAGAAGCUAAAGCCAAACCUGCUGUCCCAAUCCCAAACAGCAGUCCUAAUUUGCAGCCUGCUUCAAUUCCCAGCUUGCACUCUAGCAAUAACGUAAACUCCAGUACUACCCCUGGCCUUAACCAAAACCCCAUCUCUAGUCUUGGCGCCCUUCCCAGUUCGAAUGUAAAUCCAACACCUACCCUUUGCCCCACCCUCAGUACUAACACUAAUGCCACCACGAAUGUAAGCCCCAACCCAGUCACUUCAAAUCAGAGCACUCCUGCCUCCACCAUUACUACCAGUUCUAAAUCCAGCUCUGGUCUAAACCCAGCCAUUUCGGCGCCAAACCCAAGUCCUAGUCCUAAACCUGUGACAAGUGUUCACUCAGUCAUACAGAUCCCUGCCUCUUCUAGCACCAUUUCCCCCAACCAGAUCACUGUCUAUGUCACUUCUAACCCCAUCACUUCUGCCCCCACUCCCCAGGCACCCGCAUCUAUGGUCUCCACCAUGGUGGCCGUCCCUAACAAGAACAUUAGACCUCAGGACAUGCGGCAGCAGGCCCCGGUCCCCCGACCCCCUCAGUUCAUCGCCACAACCCCUGUAUUUAUCAACCCAAUUUUCCAGGUCCCAGGUGCACCUGUGGCAGCCAAUUCCACAGUGGUAUCACAGUCAGUCACCAUGAUGGGGCCUAUUCAGGUGUCUACUACAAACAUCCAACUUUCUCCUGCCCCAAGCUCCACCCACUCCUCAGGGGCGAACAUGACCAGCACUCAGCCUGCCAGAAGUGCUGUUGGACAGGUCCAGAUCGCCACUAGUAUGUCUUCAUCAGCCCCAGUUGCUACCCCCCCAGCUCCUCAGCAAAUUAACCCAGGAGCUGUAAAAACAGAGAAUGCAAGUGAGGCAGGCUCUGCUCAGAAAUCUAGUCCCCCAGUCCAGCAGCCAUCUCCCCAUCCAAGCCCUUCAGCAUCAUCUCCCUUUCAGCCACCACUGGCUUCUCCUCCUCCCUGCUCUAGUCCAGGGGCUGUUAAUUCCAUCCGAAAGAGCCCCAUGUCUCCAUCUCCCACUGUCCAGGUGAAAAGUAAACCUGCACAGGCCUCUGCAGCUGUUACUGGUACAGCUGACUCUCAGCAGAGUCCUGUAGAAAGGCCUGCGCAGGGGCCAACUGGGACUGCGCCACCCCAGGCCUUUCAUCCUCCUGCUAGUCCUGCUGUUCAGAUUGAGGCACUAGCUACCCAUACUACUGCUGCUCCAAACAACAUUACUCUGCCUGCAGUGUCAUCACCAAUGGCAGUUUCCAGCCAAGUUGCUGUUCCCACUCAGAUUGUAACACAGGCUCCAGGGUCUGCACCAGCUUCAGUCUCGAGCCCAGCCCAGGCUGCAACUUCUCAUGCUCCUAUUGUCACUGGUGUCUCUUCAGUUAACUUGCUCUCUACGAUUGCUCCUGUACAAAGCCCCGUACCGUCCAUUGUUCCAAUUGUUGCCAGACCUGGACCUGUUCAGGAGGUUUCCCCUACCACAUCCUCUCCAGUUACUAACCCCAGUGGAGUUCUGCCAGCUCAGUCUGACCCCCCAGCUAUGGAGUCCUCCAUGCUGCAAGCUGCUGCACCUGCUGAAACCACUCAGACCACCCCAGCACCCAUUCAACAAGAAGUCCCACAGUCGCAGGAACCUGUUGCCAGUGAGAAGACCAGUGAAGAGGUCUCGACAGGUUCUGAGCAGGGAUGGGCAAAGAAAAGAAAGACGCCCAUCAACUUAGUCCCAAGAGCUGCUGUGGAGAAGCCCAAGGGACCGAGCAGACGCAGCUCCCGGGCAGAGAAGGAGGUGGAGGAGGAGCCAGUAGCUGACAGCGCCAUUAGGAAGAGAUCAGCCAGGCCCGGAACCAGUGCUGCUGUAAAAGAAACUGGAGCGAGCCCCACCCAGGCCAAACGAAGGAAGUCUAAAUAGCCUGUCAACUGUACUGUAAAUGUUUUUGUUUCUCGCUGUGAAUCAGUUGAUAUCGGUUUUUCCCUCCGAGAUUAUGAAUUUCGACCGGAGGAAGAAAGCGUGUACAGAUUGUUUUAAACUUAAUUAUGCUUUUGUUUUGUCCAUGCUAUUACGUGAGACUGUAGUUAGAGUGUGUGCAUACAGUAUGUGUUUGUGUGAAUGUGCUUUUUAUAUUAAAUGCUGGAUUAAUCAUGUGAAGACUGAUAAUGGAGCUUGUCAUGAUUGUAUAAUUAUGUUGUAAAACUGAAUUAAAUUUUUUACUGCUUUUUGUUCUGUGAAA